GAAUGAGGUGGGCACCAUCAGGGCGGGCAGCCCCCAGAAAUCACGUGGCUCCAGGCAGGAACCCUGACACCCCAGAGCCGCCUCCCGCACACUCCCGAGGCCCUGACGGUCCCCCCUCCGGCGGCGGCAGGAGCCGGCAUCCCGGCAGGGCCUGACCCCCGUGCUGUCCUCCACUCCCGACCUCCCCCUCUGGCCCUACCCCCACCCUCGCCAGCCGUCCAAGUCUGCUUUCUGGAAGGGCGGGAAGGGAACACCCAGCCGGCAGCGUCCCAAGUGCAGAGAGAUGGCUCCCACUGCUCCCAGGGGCUUGCUGCACGGCCCGCGACCUCCCACCUUCUCCCGGACAGAUGGCACCUGGAGUGCUGUGGGCUCUCCAGUCCCCAGAGUAGCCUCUUCAAUUCGGUUGUCUCUGCCUGGGCGCCCUAACUUUCCAGACUGCCCGUGGCAGGCGGGAGGAGACACGGUAGGGAGGCCCCCACGUGGAAGCGACCGGCAGAGCCCUGCCCGGAGGGAGCCACGUGCUGGCUUGUCAGCCUUUUCCUCUAAGGGGAGGUGUGCGGGGCCGCGAGCCGUGAGCGGAGCCGUGAGGAGUCUGGACUCGCCGGGCCUGGAGAUGGUGGGAAACUGUUCCUGGGAGGCCCAUCCCGGGGACAGGAACAAGAUGUGUCCCGGCGUGAGCGAGGCCCCGGCGCUCUACGGCCGUGGCUUCCUGACCAUGGAGCAGAUCGCCACGCCGCCACCGCCGGCCGUCAUGGACUACAUCUUCUUGCUCCUGUGUCUGUGUGGCCUGGUGGGCAACGGGCUGGUCCUGUGGCUUUUCGGCUUCUCCAUCAAGAGGAGCCCCUUCUCCGUCUACUUCCUGCACCUGGCCGGCGCUGACGCUGGCUACCUCUGCAGCAAGGCCGUGCUCUCCGUCCUGAACACGGGCGGCUUCCUGGGCACGUUCGCCGCCUAUGUCCGCGCCGUGUGCAGGGUCGCGGGGCUCUGCAUGUUUGUCGCCGGCGUGAGCCUCCUGCCGGCCAUCAGCUCGGAGCGCUGCCUGUCGGUCGUCUUCCCCGCCUGGUUCUGGCGCCGUCGGCCCAAGCGCCUGUCGGCCGUGGCGUGCGCCCUGCUCUGGGCCCUGUCGCUCCUGGUCACCACCGUCCACAACUACUUCUGCGUGUUCCUGGGCCACCGAGCGUCCGGCGUGGCCUGCAGGCACAUGGACGCCUUCCUGGGCAUCCUGCUUUUCCUGGUCUUCUGCCCACUCAUGGUGCUGCCCUGCCUGGUGCUCAUCCUGCACGCGGAGUGCAGGGCCCGGAGGCGCCAGCGCUCCGCGAAGCUCAGCCACGUCGUCCUGGCCACGGUCUCGGUGUUCCUCGUGUCCUCCAUCUACCUGGGGGUCGACUGGUUCCUCUUUUGGGUCUUCCAGAUCCCGGCCCCCUUCCCCGAGUAUGUCACCGACCUGUGCAUCUGCAUCAACAGCAGUGCCAAGCCGGUCGUGUACUUCCUGGCCGGGAGGGACAAGUCACAGCGGCUGUGGGAGCCUCUCAGGGUGGUCUUCCAGCGGGCCCUGCGAGACGGCGCCGAGCUGGGGGAGGCCGGGGGCGGCACGCCCAACACGGUCACAAUGGAGAUGCAGGGCCCCUCUGGGAACGCCUCCUGAGAGGCCAGCGCCCGGGGGGGGGGGGGGGGGGG